AUGCCUCCUUACCUUCUUCCUUCACCAUCACGUUUACCCAAAAAAGAAACAAACUUUAGAAAUAAUCCAUUUAUCUUUGAUGCAUCGCUUCUUCAAAAUGAAACUAGCAUACCCCAACAAUUCAUGUGGCCUCAGGACGAAAAGCCCCACCUUGAUCAACCACUACCACAACUUCGUGUUCCUCCGAUUGACCUAAAGGAUUUCCUGACCGGUGACUCCCUUGCAGUGUGCAAUGCGGCUCAGCUAGUUGAUGCUGCUUGUCGAGAACAUGGGUUCUUUCAAGUUGUUAACCAUGGUAUUGAUCAGAGGUUGAUAAAUGAAGCUCACAAGAUCAUGGAUCUUUUCUUUGGAAUGCCACUUUUGGAGAAGCAAAAGGCUCAACGAAAAGUUGAUCCACUAUCCUCAAAUUUGGUUCAAGAUUACUUCUUGAAAGUAAUGGGGGAAGAUUUUAGUUAUCUCGGGAGAGUUUGUCAAGAAUACUGUGAAGCUAUGAGCACACUUUCUCUUAGUAUCAUGGAGCUACUAGGAAUCAGCCUUGGGAUCGGUCAAUCCUAUUUUAGGGAUUUCUAUGAAGAAAAUGAUUCGAUAAUGAGAUUAAACUACUACCCGCCUUGCCAAAAACCAGAUCAAACACUUGGAACCGGUCCCCAUUGUGAUCCAACAUCUCUAACCAUUCUUCACCAAGAUAAUGUUGGUGGGCUUGAAGUUUUUGUAGACGAAAAAUGGCACUCCAUUGCUCCAUGUUCCGAAGCCUUUGUUGUCAAUAUCGGAGAUACAUUCAUGGCAUUAUCAAAUGGAUUGUACAAGAGUUGCUUACAUAGAGCAGUUGUGAACAAUCACACACCAAGAAAGUCUCUUGCGUUCUUUCUGUCUCCUAGAAUGGACAAAGUCGUGUGCCCACCAAAACCAUUGGUUGAAGAUGUUGAUAAGCAGAGAAGAUAUCCAGAUUUUACAUGGUCGACUUUCCUCGAGUUCACUCAGAAACAUUAUAGAGCAGACAAGAAUACCCUUGACGCCUUCUCAAACUGGCUUAAGAAUGGAAGAAAAUGAUGGAUGCAUUUGAGAACUUGAAGAGAAUCCAGUUUCAGUUUUGUACAAGUUAAUAAUCCUUCAAAUCAUUCGUAUUUCAAUCAAUGAUCUAUGCCAUAUUAUGCAGCAAAAAACAUGUUAAUUAGCGGUACCUAAGACUUGUUCGUACAUUCAUGUCCCUAUAGAUUCAUAUACAGGUUUUGUGUAAGCUCGAGC